UUUUUUUUUUUUUUUUUUAAUGCGAUUUUCACUGUUGUAUCUUCUUUCUUAGAAUUCUUUUAUGACAAUUAGCAUGUUGGCAAAUAGUUCUUUGUGGCAUUGACAAAAGUCGCGUCCCUGUAUGUUUUGUGCUUACUCUAUGUUAUUUGACUAUUCAUGUAUUAUCUCGAUUGUAUUUUGAAAGUUUUGAGUUUGUUGUUUAUUUCAUGCUGGAACCUGCAUCAGAGAUACAGGACAAGAUUUUAUUUAUGAUUAAUAAUACUUCAUCUUCAAAUAUGGAUGUGAAAGCAAAAUAAUUUACUGAUGUCCUGAAACAACAGUACCAUCCAUGGUUUGCUCAGUAUAUGGUGAUGAAAAGCCAGAGCUUCUACAAGGGACCUUCAAGUGCUUGGAACGCAGUUUUGUCAUCAGGAACAUCGAACAACAAUUCAAAUACACUGAGGUGCGUUCGACUCCAUUCCUCAAAAAUUGCAUUUUACUGAUUUCUACCCUUCAAUAUGCUAGGAUGAGAUGUUUUAUUGUGAUUGUGGGAAGAAUUAAGGAUAAUCUUAUCCUUUCGGUGAUGAACCAUUACUUCCCAUGGCAUCUCUGUAGCACAAGGAGCGAGAUUUUGUGGUCCAAGCCAUCGUCCUUUGGAGAUGUUCUUAGGUGGCCUGAUCGAGAGGCUGCUAGUGGGUCUUCAUAUUUGAUGGUGAUGAGACUUUGGAUGACAUUCCAAAUUGUAGCACGAGUAUAGAUGUAUGUAUGUUUUCCUAACAAUCUUUUGAUAUUCUUUUUGAGAAUUGAUUACAAACAACUUUUCAUUUUUGUUACAGACUACUCUUUCUUCUAAUGUAUUAUACAAUGCAUGAUAGAGAAUUUCUACAGUGCUUCAGUUUCAACAAGUGGAGCCCAGUUCCACCAUAGAUGUCAAAUGCUCCACUGUCCCACAUAGAAAGAUCCUGGCAGUUGUAAUUUUGGCCUUGGUUAGAGAUGGACUGCUGCCACAUUUCCUUUGGUAACGACCUGUUUGAUUGUCACUAAUUGUACCAUAGGAAGUUCAUCAUGGAAAAGGACUAUUUGAAUAGUCAGUGCAUUGCAUGGACGUUCCCAACCAUUUCCCAUCAAAUCAACAGUUUGGAUCGUGGAACUAGAGGACUCACUUGCACAAGCCAAAAACCCCUUUUGUGUUUUUGUUGAAACUCCCUGUUCGAAGUUGUGCACUAACGCUUCUUUUUGGGUACUGUAUAUAUCAAAGUUUAUCAAAAGAAAUGGGAACUUUUGUGUUGGGGCCAGCAAUGUUUCAGGUAGGGCCCACAGACUGGAUAGCUAGGAUUGCAUCACCAAUGAUUUUUAAGUUAAGAACCCAGAAUUUAGAUGGUAUGGAUUGGCUUUGUUUCGUGAUUUUGGAUCUAGGGCAUCCUAGUAAUUCAUGUUUUGGACUAAGUCGAGAUUUCUAGGGUUAUGCUUUGUCUAUGGUAUUUGGGUAAUAAACUAAUAAUCCCCUUUUUCUAUCCAAUAUUUCUUUGUAUUACUUUCUGACUGCUACAGGAUGAUUCCAUUCAUGUUACUGUUCUACGUGAUUGUAAGACUCUUAUUACAGAUCCAUGGGUUGAGGAUAGUCUAGAUCUUCAAAGACUUGCAGAUGCUAGCCGUGUCAGUUUCAUCUAUUCUUUUUCUGGUUUUAAUUUCAUUCUCAUCAUUAAAAGUCUAUGUUUGCUUCUUCUUUUGGUUUCUAGACCUAAAACUCAUGUUGUUUGUGGUUAGUGAUGCAAUUCUCCUGUAAAUUUCUGGAAUUAUAUUCGUUGUUCAUGGGCACAAACUCUUGGAGGUUUGCUAAUCUGACACGAGUAUCAGCCAAUGCAAUUUCAUGCCACAACAUGUUCCAAUGUGGGUCUUCUCUUUUUG